CCUUCUUCCCCUGCCGUUUGGUGAACCCAGCCCCCCUCUCCCCCCCCCCACCGGUCUCCCAAGGAUGGAUCAUUCCCAGUGCCUUGUGACUAUAUACGCCUUGGUGGUUCUGCUGGGUCUCCGGCUAGAGCAAGGCGCCUGCCAGCACUAUCUGCACAUCCGACCGGCUCCCAGCGACAACUUGCCCUUGGUGGAUCUAAUCGAGCACCCGGACCCUAUCUUCGACCCCAAGGAGAAGGAUCUUAACGAGACCUUGCUAAGGAACCUCAUGGGCGGACACUUCGACCCUAACUUUAUGGCUAUUUCCCUGCCCGAGGACCGGCUCGGGGUGGACGAUCUAGCCGAGCUGGACUUGCUGCUCAGGCAGAGACCCUCGGGAGCGAUGCCCAGCGAAAUCAAAGGGCUGGAGUUUUACGACGGGCUGCAGCCGGGCAAGAAGCAUAGGCUGAGCAAGAAGCUGCGCAGGAAGCUGCAGAUGUGGCUCUGGUCCCAGACCUUCUGCCCGGUCCUAUACACGUGGAACGAUCUCGGCAGCCGCUUUUGGCCCCGGUACGUCAAAGUGGGCAGCUGCUACAGUAAAAGGUCUUGUUCAGUCCCAGAAGGCAUGGUUUGCAAACCUGCCAAGUCCGUGCAUUUAACGAUCCUGAGGUGGAGGUGCCAGCGUCGGGGAGGGCAGAGGUGCACAUGGAUACCCAUCCAGUACCCCAUCAUUUCGGAGUGCAAGUGCUCCUGCUAGGGCUGCCGCUCGCCCUUCUCGCCCCUUGCCUGGCGGACUCACGUGGACCUUUGCUGCAACAAAAAUAAAAGACACUUGCUUUCUGGUUAACGUUGUAAUGCACUGUAACGUGUAGGAGAAUGUAUAUUGUGUGUAUAUAUGGCACCGUUUUAAUAUACUAUUAAAAGGUCAGUAUUAUACGUGAAAUAAUCAGCGUCUACUGUAUUUUUAAGACUAUUACCCUGAUCGUUGCUAAUGUAUCUUUUUUUUUUUUUUUUGGUAUUUAUAUUCCAGAGAGAAGUUGCUUCGCUUUGGCGAAGUAGGUUGGGGUUGUUGUUGUUUUUUGUUUUUUGUUUUUUGUUUUUUUUAAUAAAAGGAUUAAAAGAUACAAACCAAACUUUUUGAUAAGAAAACGUUUUAAAGCUAUUUUCCAUUAUACGGAAAGCGUGUGUGUGUGUGUUUCUUCUUCCUCCUUACGGACUUUAGAUUAAAAAAAAAAAAAAAAAAAGCGCCUAGAGCACAAUGUUAUUGUAAAUAGAGAGAACAGUUUGAAUGACUUAAUCCUAUGUAAAUGAAGAGUAUCUGCUAUUUAUUCUUUAUAUCCCUGUAGUAAAAGCGCAGCGCAGAAUUAAAGUCAACCACUAAAACACGA